CUUUUAUAAAUCUUCUAGUGAGACCACAGGUCCUUUCCCUUUCAUGUCUUCUCAAUUCCAGACUUAUGCACAACCAGAAAUUGAUGUUUCAGAAAAUGAAGAAGAUUUGGAAAUAAAGACAAAUGAUGAAGAGGAGGUGAAGACAGCCAAUAAUAAAGAAGCAAAUGAUAAUAAAAUAAAUAUUCAUUAG